AUGGCACGCAACAGCCGCCAGCACAAGAUCCUAUCAAUACCAGCAAGCCUGCCAUUUCUUCAGCAGCAAAAUCUUCUCCCUUUUUUCAGGCCCGGUGGCGAUGGUAAACAACUUUCGACAUGGUUUUGGCACUCCUGGGCAGCUUCAAGGUCACGAAAUGCGCACUACACCAACGCAACUUUCUACGCCGCUAGUUCCACAGCAACAUCUAUCGGCGUCGAUGGCUAG